UAAUAGCCGAACGACAGAUUUCGGCAUACCUUCCUCCCCUUUGCUAAAGAUUGGUCGAUACCAUGGUUGGUGGGCCUCGCUCGGUCACGGUCUGCGGCAGUAGCGAGCUUGUCGACGGCAGAAUCGCAAGACAAUUUUCCCAGUGUGGGGUUAAAUCAUUUCAGUGCAAGUUCAGCAACUUCACGAAAUGUUUGUUGCUCAUUAUUCGAUCGAGCUGUGCAGAUCCUGCUACUAAUCACGUGAUCUAUUACACUUUUAAAUCAUCAUAGUGUCAACGGAUGACGAUAAUUAUAUUGAACUAUUUGAUAACUGAAAAUGUAACCAAUGAAGAAAAAUUUUUUGUCAUAUCAGAAAAAUGUGCUCAUUCUGGAAGAUGGAUAUUGCCAAUAACAUCAUUUCAAUCAUUUGGAAAGAAAUUUUAAAAUUGAAUAAGAUAUCAAAAUAACGAAGAAUUAACUCAACUAUGCAUUUCUCUGAGAAGAUUCCUUCGGCCUUUAUCUUCAUUCUACAUAUAAGCACGUUAUGGAGAGAUGUCACAGCUCUUUGUCCUCUUCGAUGUAAAUGUGAUGACGACAAUCUUCGAGUGAUCUGUGAUUCCUCCAGUUUAGAUGUGGUUCCAAUAACUCUAAAUCCUGAACUUCGCGAACUCCAUUUAAGUAACAAUCAUAUCAAAGGAAUUAUGGCUUCGUUUGCCGUAUAUCGUAAACUAGAUUAUCUCGACAUGUCUCAUAACCAACUUGUGACACUCGGAAGAAACAAUUUUGAAUUGCAGAGACAUUUAAAAGUUCUUCUAUUACAUAGAAAUAUGAUUUCUUCUUUACAAAAUGAAACAUUUCGCGGACUUUUAUCUCUCGAAGUCUUACAUCUGAAUGAAAAUUUCUUAGAAGAGAUUCCAUCUGGUGUUUUUGCUCCAUUAUCCAGACUUGAAAAAUUGGAUUUAUCACAAAAUAGGAUCUCCCGAAUUACCGAUCAUGCUUUCCACGGAUUAAAAAACCUUAAAACGUUACUUCUACGUGAUAAUAAGUUAGGUGUGGUGCCCACUCAAUCUUUCUACAAACUUGAAAGUUUGCUUAAAUUAGAUCUAGGACUUAAUUCCUUCAGAACUCUUCCGGAAACUUCGUUUAUUUCGCUUAACAACUUGGAGGAAUUGAUUUUAGACGGUUGUGGUAUCAGGGCACUGGACAAAGGAGCAUUAAAGUGGCUGAAUUCUCUACUUGUCUUAAGACUUCACGACAAUGAACUUAGCGAUAUACCCACAGAUUGCUUGUCAGAAGCUGUGAGAUUGGAAGAGCUCCAUUUUGGACAAAAUCCGUUCAAAAUCUUGAAACCUUUCAGUUUUAGAGGACUUAGAUAUUUAAGAAAGAUUGAAGCCAAUGGAGCUCAAUUAUUCGAAAGAAUUGAGACUCAAGCCUUUGCAGACAACGUGAACUUAGAAAGGGCCAUAUUUAAUCAUAACAAAAAUCUUAAAAUUAUAGAUCACGGAGCUUUCGACGGAUUGCCAAAUCUUCGACAUUUAAGCUUUCGUGGAAACGCCUUCAGGACGUUCGAUUCCAGAUUAUUAGCCUGGGACGAACUAGAAUACUUUGAUGUACGAGACAAUCCAUUAACAUGCAACUGCAGUCUUUUGUGGCUUUGGAACCUCCUCCAUACGAAAAACUUCACCGAUCGCUUCAAAGCAGAUUCUUCAAGAAUUUUAUGUCUAGCACCGGAGGAAGUAAGAGGAAAAAUUUUAACAGAAGUUACAGUUGACGGACUCGGUUGUUAUGAUGUCGAAGCUCGAAGAAGACUAUUGAUCGGCAUUGUAGCGGCUGCUGCUGUGGCUGGAGCUUGCCUAGUCAUGCUAGCAAUAAGAUGCAGGGAUAGAGUAGCUGGACUUCUAAAGAACAAAUGGAACGGUGGAAGAAAAGAACCUCAAUAUCAGAAAACUAAUGGUGAAGAAGAAACAACAGUUCUUCCAUCCGGACAGCUUCCAUUGAAACUUACUCCCGUUACAGAACUGUGACAUUAAAACAUCUAAAUUUCAUGAUUAAGCGUGGAUCAUGGCCCAAUUCAAUAUUUAAUACCUUUGUAGCUCGGAAAGGUGAAGUUUUAGGUCCGGAGAAUUUAAAUUCCUCUAUAAUUCAAUAACUUUAUCUUUCAAUCAGUAAACACAUUUAUUUAUUUAUGGAUUUUUAUUAGAUUGUAUCGGUGCCAGUUCAUACUGUACUCUUGUAGAAUGGUUCUUCAAAGAAAAAAAGGACAGUAAAGAUUGUCGAAUUUUGAAAGAAGGAAAAAGUUUUUUAACCUCUUUCCCAUCUCUAAUUUUCUGUGAAAUUCUUAAAAAUAUUAAUUAAUUGGGAUACCCUAAAUGACACAUUGUGAUAGAUAUGAAGAAUAAUGAUCAUAGAUAAGACAUGGACAAGUGUAGAAGUAUCAAUUAUUUGUGUCCUGGUAACUAUUUUUGUGAUAGUUAUUGUAAUAUAUAAGGCAACCGUGGUCGUUUUUCCACGUUUUUUCCUUGACUAAGGUUGUCAGAUGUACAAAAAAAAAUCAUUUCCAAUAAAAUUG